AUGGCAAGCAACCAAGGAGGAUCUUCUUCAAAUUCUUCCAACUGCAAUUCAACCCAAAGAACUUGGAAGUAUGACAUCUUCUUGAGUUUUAGGGGUGAAGACACUCGUAAAGGCUUCACUGGCCACUUGUACCAUGCACUAGAUAGGAGUGGGUUCAAGGUUUUCAUAGAUGAUGAAGAACUUGAGAGAGGAGAGGUCAUUUCCAAAGAACUCAAACAAGCAAUUGAGGAUUCUCAGUUUGCAAUUGUUGUUAUCUCGAAAAACUAUGCCUCUUCUUCAUGGUGUUUAGAUGAGCUUAAACAUAUUCUUUACUCAAGAAACAAUUUGUCUCAACAAGUUUUCCCCAUAUUUUAUGAUGUAAAUCCAUCUGAUGUAAGGCAUCAAAGAGGAAGUUUUGCCAAAGCUUUUGCUAGGCAUGGGAUGCUUCAAAGGGGCGAUGAGGUCAUGAAAAGUUGGAGAGAUUCUCUCAAGGAGGUUUCAGACUUAUCUGGUUGGGAUUGCAAUAAGAAUCAGUUUGAAGCAAAACUUAUUGAGACAGUGGUUGACGAGCUAUGGAGCAAAUUUCGUCCUAGACUGCCACUUUAUACUGAAGGACUCAUUGGAAUUGACAAUAAAGUGAAACAACUGGAGCCAUUGUUGGAGAUAGGUUCGUAUGGUGUUCGGUUUGUAGGAAUAUGGGGCUUAGGGGGUGUUGGGAAGACAACAAUUGCUUUGGCUAUUUUUGAGAAAUAUCGUAGCCAAUUUGAUAUUAGUUGCUUUCUUCACAAUGUUAGGACAGCUACAAAAAGAGAUGGUGGCGAGGUUCAGUUACAAAGUGUAUUUCUUUCAAAUCUCAAAAGCAAAAAGAUGAAAAUUGAAAACAGCUAUGAAGGGAGGAAAAUAAUCCAAAACUGUUGUUGCAAUAAAAAGGUUUUACUUAUCCUUGAUGAUGUUAGCCAUACAAGCCAUCUAGAAAAUUUGGCUAAUAGCCCAAACUGGUUUGGUGCUGGGAGUAGAGUGAUCAUAACAACUAGGCAUUUAGACUUGUUGCGUGGAGCGCAUGUAGCAUAUCAACAUGAGGUUGAAACUAUGAACCCAAGUGAAGCCCUUCAACUCUUUUGUCAGAAAGCAUUUGGAAGAAGUGAGCCUCAGGAGGAUCUGUUGGAGCUAUCUAAAAUUGUUUGUGAUUAUGCAGGAGGCCUUCCUUUAGCUCUCUCUGUUUUGGGCUCCUUUUUCUGUGGAAGAAGUACUGUGCAAUGGGAAGAUGCUUUGGAUAUGUUGAGGAAAGAUGCUUUGGGAAUGUUGAAGAAUGAUCCCGAUAAAGAUAUUUUUGGAAUACUUAAAAUAAGUUUUGAUGCAUUACCUAAUACAAUACAAGCAAUAUUUUUAGAUAUUGCUUGCUUCUUCAAUGGUUGGAGCAAAAACAAAAUAACACAAAUAUUGGAAAGUUGUGGUUUUAAUGCAAAAAUUGGAAUAGCAAUUCUCCAAGAAAAGUCUAUGCUAAAGAACUAUGACAAUAAGUUAGUGAUGCAUAAUUUGGUGGAACAAAUGGGUAGGAAAAUUGUUGUGGAUAAGUCUUCUAAUGAUGUUGGAAAUCGUAGUAGAUUGUGGACUAAUGAAGAUAUUGAUAAAUUUAUGCAAAACAAUUGGGUGAGUAUCGAUCUUAUCUCUAAUUGGUUUUAA